UUUAGAAACAGCGCGAAAAAGAAAACGAACAGUGCCUUCAGGUGAGUAUUAAGUUAGGAUAUUGCAAAAGCGUGCAUGUAUCUAUGCAUUUUGACAAUUCACACGUUCCAUCCAACUAGAUAAAAUGAUGAAAGAGGCUGCAAAGUCAAACUUGCGCUUGAUUGCACCGAAACUUGAACAAUCGUUACCACAGGAAGAACAACAGCAGCAGCAGCAGCAGCAGCAACCGCAAUCUCCACAGCAACCACCACGGCUAUCACCAUCGCCACCGCCACAACUUUUGGAGCAGCAGCAAAAGAUAGUAUUUACAAGUGAUAGUCCCCCAGCAAUGUCCUGUGGAUCUUCCAAUACCAGCAGUUGUUGUUCUACAAAGUCGAACAAUCCAGCUACUACCAGCAGCAAUUGUUGUUCGACUAAAACGGUUAACACCAACACAACUUCGACUACAACUAGUACUACUGCUAGCCAGCAUAAAGACGGCAACGAUAACACUACCACUAGCAGCAACAUAUGUCCUCCUUCAGGGUGUGGAUGUGGUAUAAAAGAAAUAUUACCAAGCGAAAUGAGCAGUCAUCUUGAAUCGUCUUCCCCGUCAUCCUCCUCCUGCGGAACAAAAGCAUCGUCGUCGUCAUCAUCAUCAUCAUCGCCACCAACAGAAGCCAGCAGCGGCAGAGUGCGGAUAGUCACAUGUCGAUGCGGUGAUUCAUGCGCUUGUCCUGGCUGUGAUGCACACCCUUCACGCGUCAUGAAGGGACAAAAUGAUCCUUACACUGGGUUCGCGACAGACGACGUCCGACGACGCUUAUCCAUUGCCGCCAUAUGUCUCCCUUCGGAUGCGCCGCCAUCAAAACGUUCUUCUGAACAACCAACUUCGAUCUUGAGAGAAGACGGCAUUGAAUUAUGCGGAUGUGGAUGUUCUCAGACAUUUGACGCUUGCUCAGACUGUUUUCGAGAACUGUGUCAUUGAAGAAUCCUCCUCUCCCACCAAUCCAUAUUGACUUUUGCGAACUAGCUAUUAUACAGGCUCCCACAAUAACUACUACUGAUUAUUACUACUACGAUUACUACUACUACUGCCGCUGCUGCUAUUACUACUUCAUCGUCAUCAUUGUCAUAUAUAUGUACAUAUAUCAUCUUAAAUAUCAUUCACUCAUCUCUCUUACUUGUAACAUUUCCUUUUUGUUUAUAUAUCAUCCUAAUUUAUUAUAAAGUGUACACAACAAAGUUUUCACGGACUAAAUAGAUAU